UAUCACAUUAAAAGAAGAAGAGAAAGAUAUCACAUUAAAAGAAGAGAAAGAUAUCACAUUGAAUGAAGAAGAGGAGAAGGUUAUCACAUUGAAAGAAGAGGAGAAAGAUAUCACAUUGAAUGAAGAGAAGAAAGAAGCUUUUGGAAUGAAAGAAGAAGAGGAGAAAUCUGUCACAUUGAAAGAAGAAGAGAAAGAUAUAACAUUGAAUGAAGAAGAGGAGAAAUAUAUCACAUUGAAUGAAGAGGAGGAGAAAGAUAUCACAUUGAAUGAAGAGGAGGAGAAAGAUAUCACAUUGAAUGAAGAAGAAGAGAAAGAUAUCACAUUGAAUGAAGAGGAGGAGAAAGAUAUCACAUUGAAAAAAGAAGAUGAUGUAACAGUGAAAGAUGAGGAAGAAGCUUUCAGGGCGGAGGGGAAGGAUGAAGAGGAGAAGACUGGAGAUCUGAUUAACACCAAAGAGAGACCAGACUCUCACAGCGGGAAGAGUCCUUCAGAAGAAGCAGCCCCAAAGACAUCCAAACCAGUAAGACCACAUGACUGCUCCCAGUGUGGAAAGAGAUUUAUCAGAUUAGGGCACCUGAAAGAACAUAAGAAAACACACACAGGAGAGAACCCUUUCUACUGCUCCCAGUGUGGAAAGAGUUUUAGACACUCAGGCCAUCUUAAAGUGCAUGCAAGAAAACAUACUGGAGAGAUGCCAUAUCAAUGCUCCCAGUGCGAUUUUUUCUUUUACUCAUCAGGGGUCCUUAAAUCACAUGAGAGAACACACUUAGGAGAGAGGCCAUUUCAAUGCUCUCAGUGUGGAAAGAGUUUUACCCGGUCAGGGAAUCUGAAUAUGCAUUUGAGAACACACACAGGGGAGAAGCCUUUCCACUGCUCCCUGUGUGGAAAGAGUUUUACCUGGUUAGGGAACUUGAAAGUGCAUGAGAGAAUACACACAGGAGAGAAGCCUUUCCACUGCUCCCUGUGUGGAAAAAGGUUUACCUAUUUAGUGACACUGAAGAAGCAUGAGUUGACACACACAGGGGAGAAGCCUUUCCAAUGCUCCAAAUGUGGAAAGAGUUUUACCCAGUUAGUGAACCUGAAAAGGCAUGAAGGAACACACACAGGAGAGAAGCCUUUCCACUGCUCCUUGUGUGGUAAGCGUUUUACCCAGUUAGUGAACCUGAGAAGGCAUGAAAGAACACACACUGGAGAGAAGCCAUAUCAAUGCUCCCAGUGUGGAAAUAUAUUUUUCUCAUCACGUGACCUGAAAUCACAUGAGAAAACUCACUUAUCAGAGAGGCAUUUCCAAUGUUCUCAGUGUGGAAAGAGUUUUACCCGGUUAGGGAACCUGAAUAGGCAUUUGAGAACACACACAGGGGAGAAGCCCUACCACUGCUUAGACUGUGGAAAGAGCUUUACCCAGCAAGGGGACCUGAAAUCACAUGAGCGGACACACACAGGAGAUAAGCCUUUCCAAUGUUCCCAGUGUGGAAAAAGUUUUGCCUGCUUAGGGAACUUGAAAAUGCAUAAGAGAACACACACAGGAGAGAAGCCUUUCCACUGCUCCCUGUGUGGAAAGAGUUUUACCUAUUUAGGGACACUGAAAAAGCAUGAGAUGACACACACAGGAGAGAAGCCUUUCCAAUGCUCCCAAUGUGGAAAGAGUUUUACCCAGUUAGUGAACCUGAAAAGGCAUGAAGGCACACACACAGGAUAGAAGCCUCUCCAAUGUUCUCAUUGUGGAAAGAUAUUUUCCCAGUCAGAGGACCUGAAAUCACAUGAGAGAAUAGAGAGGCUGUGUGUUGACAUACAGUACCAGUCAAA